GGCCGUGGUCUGGGACGCGCGGGCGGGCGGAAUGGCGCGGAUCCGAGGCUGUUAGCGCGGCGGCGGGCACCGCGGGAAAGCCAUGGCCCGGCGGCGACGCCGCGCCUGCAUCGCCCUCUUCCUGGUGCUGCUCUUCGCCUUCGGCACGCUCAUGGGGCUGCGCACGCUCAAGGCCCCGGACGGGCUGCCCGCACUGGGCCCAGGCCCGGAACUUGCACCGUUCGAGCGGCGUCCCGAGGGGAACCCUGCUCCCGCUCGGGCCCCGGCUGCCCCCGCUGCGCCGCCGCCACCUCCGCCGCGCACCGCCGCCCCGCGCGCCUCGCUGGGCCCGGCCGAGGCCGAUCCCGCGCCCCGGCAGAGCCAGCGUGUCUACUCCGAUCUGCACGCCUUUUACUACUCGUGGUACGGGAGUCCGCGGCGCGAGGGCCACUACAUCCACUGGGACCAUGUCAUGGUGCCGCACUGGGAUCCCAAGAUUUCGGCCAGCUACCCGCGUGGCCGCCACAGCCCUCCAGAUGACUUGGGCUCCAGCUUCUACCCGGAGCUGGGGCCUUACAGCUCGCGGGACCCCGACGUGCUACGAGAGCACAUGAUCCAGCUCAAAGAAGCAGCCAUCGGCGUUUUGGUUCUCUCCUGGUAUCCACCUGGCAUGGCUGAUGAUAACGGGGAGCCCACAGACGACCUGGUACCUGCCAUUCUGGACUCUGCCCAUCAGUACAACAUCCAGGUGGCCUUCCAUAUCCAACCCUACAAGGGCCGGGAUGACAUCACUGUCCAUGACAACAUCAAGUACAUCAUUGACACGUAUGGCUCCCAUGGUGCAUUUUAUCGGUAUAAGAAUAGCAUGGGCAAGAGCCUCCCACUCUUUUAUAUCUACGACUCCUAUCUGACAUCCCCCGAGGCCUGGGCCCACCUCCUGACACAAAACGGGCCUCACUCUAUCCGAAACACUCCCUAUGAUGGGGUCUUCAUAGCUCUGCUUGUGGAGGAGAGCCACACCCACGACAUCCUUGCUGCGGGAUUUGACGGAAUGUACACCUACUUUGCCUCCAAUGGCUUCUCCUUUGGCUCCUCCCACCAGAACUGGAAAGCUGUGAAGAAUUUCUGUGAUACCAACAACCUCAUGUUCAUCCCUAGUGUGGGGCCUGGGUACAUUGACACCAGCAUCCGGCCCUGGAACAACCACAAUACUCGAAACAGAGUCAACGGCAAGUACUAUGAGACAGCCCUGCAGGCAGCCCUGACUGUGAGGCCUGAGAUAGUCUCCAUCACCUCCUUCAAUGAGUGGCACGAGGGCACACAAAUCGAGAAAGCUGUCCCCAAGACGACGCCGACUCGCCUGUAUCUGGACUACCUGCCUCACCAGCCCAGCCUUUAUUUAGAGCUGACCCGACGCUGGGCAGAGCACUUCAUCAAGGAAAAGGAGCAAUGGCUGAUGUGAGGGGACCAUCACUAUCACCCAAACAAACCUCAACAGAUCACCAAGCUGGUUCAGCUGAGGAUACAGGCACUCAUUGGUCCCAAGCAGCAGCUGGGAGCUUGUGGGUAGACCAGCUAGCUCACAGAGAACAGAGCCUGGCACUUGGACUGGUGGUGCUGGGAAGCAAGGCAUGAUGAAGCGGGAGGGGACAAAUGGCUGCAAUGGCUUAAGGAAGCUCCACGGCCCUCAGCUUUCAGCUGCGGCAGGCAGUUGUAUAGUGGAGUUGAGAGAGCCACUCUGCUUGGAAGGGUCUCAGGGUUCUAAGCUAGCAUGCACCGUACUUCCUUUGGACAGCCACCCUGCCACAUCUUCCCGAACACAGGGAACAUUUGACACUUCUAAGAGGACUUUAAGGUCCUUCCAGUAGACUCCUGUGCCCGUUAUCAGGAGUACUGAGCACCCACACUCAUUAUCAAGCACCUGCUGUCAGGUGCUGGGGAACUGGAGCAAGGUUUCUUUCCCAAAGCUUACAGGAUCCUGCUUUUGGUUUAAUCGUGUAGCUAGCACCUCGGCUGUUUUCGCUCUUUGCAGCUACACCCAGGCCUGGGAGUUCAGCUAUUUUCUGACAAUACCUCUGUGCUCCGGAGCCUUUCCCAGAUGAACAUUUAGCUGCAGAGGGGACUAGGUCACACCUUUUAGCGGUUUAGGCCAGGGAGGUCACUUUCAGUGCUACUGUGAUUUGUACUAAAUACGAAAUGGUUUUUGCCGGUGCACAUUCCUCUUGCAGCCCUCAUAAAUGCUGACCAUGGUCAGUUUGUGACAAAUCAGUGUACGGCUGGGCUUAGUCACAGAAGAUUCUAGGAGCUAACAUGCCAGAGCUUAUUUACAAAUAAACUAAUGCUACAUGCAAGGAUCCUUGUUCAAGUAAAACCUGAUGAAUGUUUUUAGCAAGAUUCUUGAAAAGGAAAUGUUCACUGGAACCUACUGGACUGGUUUACAGGCUAAAGCUGAGCCGUAACUCUGGGAAAUGGAUGGAGACAGAGGAUGAGGUGGAAUACUGGUCAUUUCAAGGACAACCAGCCCAGUCACUGACACUAAACCCCACCUGACAGAUCAGCUGGGCUGACCACCCAGCUUGUAGCUUAGCCAAAAGGGCUGGAUUUAAUCAGUGAUAAUUUUAACCCAUGCACACACACACACACACACACACACACACACACACACACACACACACACACACACACACACACAGUGGAUAUAGCAAGGCAACAGGCAGGCAUCCUCAGUGAAACUUAGCUUUUCUGAAGGCUAGCCUACAUCAACAGCCAUAAUGCACAUGUGCACAUGUAUAUCUUGACUGAGAAAUCCUACCCUAAGGAAAUAGAU